GGUUUUUCGUGAUAUAACUGUGCACUUAAUGAAUUACAAAGGUGGUUCGACAAAAAAAAAAAGAAUUACAAAGGUGGAUUCUUUCUGAAACUUUAAAAAGUUUUGGUUUAUCGUAUUGGAAAGAAUCCAUGUAUUCUUGUUUUUGGACUUAUUUGUAAUAAGUACAAAAAAAACAGGUAAUGAAGUGAAGAAAACAAUGUGACUCAAAAAACUCAAUUCCAGAAAUCUGCACGCUUUCUCUCUCUCUAGCACUCUGUCUCUGCGUGUGCAUGAUCAGCCAUGGCGGCGAAGCUUAUGCAUGCGGUUCAGUACGACAGCUAUGGCGGAGGAGCAGCUGGUUUGAAGCAUGUUGAGGUUCCGAUUCCCGCCCCUAAGAAGAAUGAGGUUUUGCUGAAAUUGGAAGCAGCUAGUCUCAAUCCAGUUGAUUGGAAAAUUCAGAAAGGCGAGCUGCGGCCUCUUUUCCCCAGAAAAUUCCCUCAAGUACCUGUAACUGAUGUGGCCGGAGAGGUUGUAGAAGUUGGACAAGGUGCCAAAAAGUUCAAAGUCGGAGACAAAGUUGUUGUACUGCUCAGCCAUUUCAGUGGUGGAGGACUGGCUGAGUUUGCUGUAAGUAAUCAGAGAUUAAUGGUUGCUAGGCCACCUGAAGUUUCAGCCGCCCAAGGCGCAUGCUUACCUGUUGCUGGCCUCACGGCUCACCAAGCACUCACUCAAUGUGCAGGGAUCAAGCUUGACGGAACAGGUCAAAAUAAGAACAUAUUGAUUACUGCUGCCUCUGGAGGCGUGGGACAUUAUGCAGUCCAACUAGCAAAGCUCGGAAAUACUCACGUUACAGCCACAUGUGGAGCGCGUAAUGUCGAAUUGGUCAAGAGCUUAGGGGCAGAUGAGGUUCUUGACUACAAGACGGAGGAUGGGGCGGCUCUAAAGAGCCCGUCUGGACGAAAAUAUGAUUUCAUAAUCAACUGUGCAAAAGGCAUUCCUUGGUCAACUUUUGAGCCUAGUUUGAGUGCAAAAGGGAAGGUUAUAGACAUUGCUCCGACUACGAGCUCUUUCGCUACUUUUGUCGUGAAGAAACUCACCUUCUCAAAGAAGCAGCUGGUGCCACUGCUCAUGAUUCCCAAGGGUGCGAACCUGGAGUGUCUUGUUAGCUUGGUGAAGGAAAAGAAACUCAAGGCAGUGAUCGACUCGACGCAUUCUCUGAGCAAGGCUGAAGAUGCUUGGGUUAAGAGUAUCGAAGGCCAUGCUACAGGGAAGAUCAUUUUGGAGCUUUAAGUAGACAAAAUAUAUUCGGACAUUGUGCACUUGAUGCACUUUUUUGGGGACUGUAAAUUAAAGUUCAAGUUCUGUCGAGUUAACUAGAUAGCUCGAGUUGAAAUGAACUUACUAUUGACCAUAAAUUGAGACAACCAAGAAUCAUAA